AUGGCACCGACCAUCCAGAGGCAGGCUCAGCGGGAAGACGGCCACAGACCUGGCCCCCAUAGGACCCUGCAGGAGAGGUCCGGGGUGGUCUGUCGCGUCAAGUACUGUAACAGUCUUCCGGACAUCCCUUUCGAUCCCAAGUUCAUCACUUACCCCUUUGACCAGAACAGGUUCGUCCCAUAUAAGGCGACCUCUCUGGAAAAGCAGCACAAACACGACCUGCUCACAGAGACGGACCUGGGGGUCACCAUCGACCUCAUUAACCCGGACACCUACCGAAUCGACCCCAGCGCUCUGCUAGAUCCGGCGGAUGAGAAGUUACUGGAGGAAGAAAUCCAGGCCCCGGCCAGCUCCAAAAGGUCCCAGCAGCAUGCAAAGGUGGUCCCCUGGAUGAGAAAGACCGAGUACAUCUCCACGGAGUUCAACCGUUACGGAAUCUCCAAUGAGAAGCCCGAGGUCAAGAUCGGGGUGUCCGUGAAGCAGCAGUUCACCGAGGAGGAGAUCUACAAAGAUCGGGACAGCCAGGUCGCAGCCAUCGAAAAGACCUUUGAGGAUGCCCGCAGGUCCAUUUCUCAACACUACAGCAAGCCGAGGGUGACGCCUGUCGAGGUGAUGCCCGUUUUCCCGGACUUCAAGAUGUGGAUCAAUCCCUGUGCCCAAGUGAUCUUCGACUCUGACCCAGCCCCAAAGGAUACCAGUGGUUCUGCAGCCCUGGAGAUGAUGUCUCAAGCCAUGAUCAGGGGAAUGAUGGAUGAGGAGGGCAACCAAUUUGUGGCCUACUUUCUGCCAGUGGAAGAGACCAGGCGAAAACGGAAGCGGGACCAGGAAGAGGAGAUGGACUAUGGCCCAGAUGAUGUCUAUGUCUAUAAGAUUGCAAGGGAGUACAACUGGAAUGUGAAGAACAAGGCUAGUAAAGGCUAUGAAGAAAACUACUUUUUCAUCUUUCGAGAAGGUGAUGGGGUCUACUACAAUGAGUUGGAAACCAGAGUCCGCCUCAGUAAACGUAGGGCCAAGGCUGGAGUGCAGUUAGGCACCAAUGCCUUACUGGUGCUCAAACACCGGGACAUGAACAAGAAGGAACUGGAAGCUCAGGAAGCUCGGAAAGCACAGCUGGAGAACCAUGAGCCAGAAGAGGAGGAGGAAGAGGAGAUGGAGAUAGAGAAAGAGGCUCCAGGUUCAGAUGAAGAACAGGAAAAAGGAAGUGGCAGUGAAAUGGAAGGAAGUGAGGAGGAGGAGGAGGGGCAGUCAGGAAGUGAGAGUGAUCAGGAAGAGGAGGAGAGUGAGAAGAGUGGGAGUGGAGAGGACAAAGUUGAGGAAGAGAGCAGUGAGGGUGAGGCCCGAGCAGCCCGAGACAAGGAGGAGAUCUUUGGAAGUGAUGCUGACUCAGAGGAUGAGGAAGAGGAUGGGGAAGGUCAAGCCAAGGGCAGUGGAGAGGAUGAAGAAGAGGAGAGUGGCAGUGAUCCAGGGCCUGAGCAGCACAGCCCUAGUCCUUCCUUCCUCAGUGGCAGUGACCACUCAGCCCAAGAGGAUAGUAGUGAGGGGAGCACUUCUGAUUCCUGCGAGGAGAACAGUGACUGACUGAGGCUCAGAGGACCAUGCAGGCCACCAAACUGGCCAGAAGGGACUGGGCCUCUCUAGCUCAGGUACCAUUCUCAGGACAAAAGCAAACUACCUGUUUUUAAAAAACAAAACAAAACAAAAAAAAAACUUUUGCUGUCA